GGAGUCACAUUGUCGCAUUGGACGGCCGCCGUAACGGCCGCGCGUAUAGGCAGCGCACGCGCAUCGGCGCUUGCACUACGAACCACGAAACACGAUACGAGUGACGAUCGAUAAGACCGUGAUAAAAACCGCAGUGUUUGUAAAUUCCGUAGCCGAAGCGAGUCAUGCAACUGUUAUGAUACGAAAAUGUUAACACGGCUGGCGGCGUGAUAAAUUGAUAAAAAUGUGUAACAACAAUAAUAAAAUGGCGAGCGGUAAGUUUGGACUGAAUGUUAAGAAGGACAAAGUGAACUCGACAGAGGCUAACAAGACUGAGUUUAGUGUUAAGGAAAAAUGUCGCAAGUUGCAGAAGAAACUUAAGAAGACUGAUAAAAAGAAGACUGAAUCUAGUUCCAAGGAAAAGACGAUUUGGUGGAAUCAAUGCAGCAGCUUAAGCGAAAUAGACCAGUACCUAUGGAUGGUUGGUGGUUCGGCCGGUGCUUUAGCGCUCACAGGAGUUGCAGCCGCUUCAGCAUUCUAUCUCAGUACGCGUCCGAAGCCCGAAAAGCCUUUGGUCACGUUACAUGAACAGAGUUUGCUCGAACCGGGUCCCGAAAUGGUCCGUGUAUCGAAGUUCUACAAAGAAGCGAAGAAUGGUCGGUUUCUGCGGUAUCUACACGAAGACACACGCACACUUUACGAAACUUUCCGUCGAGGCGUUAAAGAAUCAAAUAAUGGCAACUGUCUUGGUUGGCGUGAGGGACCAAAUAAGCCUUACGUGUGGCAAACGUACAAUGAAACCCUGCUGCGAGCUAAAAACUUCGGCUCAGGCCUUAUAUGCCAAGGUCUCACCCCAGGCCAGGGAACCUUCGUAGGUAUAUACGCCCAAAACUGCCCAGAAUGGAUUAUGGCUGAACAAGCUGCCUACUGUUAUUCAAUGGUAAUAGUACCUUUAUACGAUACUUUAGGAGCUAACGCAUGUGCCUUCAUUAUUAAUCAAACGGAAAUGACAGUAGUUGUAUGUGAAGACGAUAAGAAAGCGAAUCUCUUACUCGACCAAUCACCGCGGUGCUUACGUAAGCUCAUCACGAUAAAGGAAGUCUCGCCGUCGACACACCAAAGGGCAAAAAGUCGAGGUGUGGAAAUUGUUAAGUUCAGCGAUGUCGAGAUUCAAGGAGCUCAUAAAGAUCAUCCUUGUGUUCCACCAAAACCAGAAAAUCUCUGCACGAUAUGCUACACGUCGGGCACGACCGGUAUGCCGAAGGGUGUGAUGCUGACUCACGAGAAUGUGGUCGCAUCCAUGUGCAGCGUGAUCAUGCAGCUCGGGGAACAUCGUCCUACGAAGCACGACGUUAUGAUCUCUUUCCUGCCUCUUGCGCAUAUGCUUGAGCGGUGUUGCGAGAAUGCUCUCUAUAUGGUAGGAGGAGCCGUCGGGUUUUACAAUGGCGAUAUUAGAAGACUAGGCGAGGACCUAACUGCCCUAAAACCGACCAUGAUGCCAGCCGUACCGAGACUCCUCAACCGAUUAUAUGACAAAGCGCAGAGUGAAAUAUCAAACUCAAAGAUAAAGAAGUUACUCUUUAAUAUGGCAUUAUCUGCGAAGGAAUCUGAACUCAAAAGGGGCAUAAUCCGCGGCGACUCCAUCUGGGACAAGCUGGUGUUCCGCAAGGUGCGCGAGGGCAUGGGCGGCCGCCUGCGCAUCGUCGUGGUGGGCUCCGCGCCGCUCGCCGGGAACGUGCUCACCUUCGCCCGCUGCGCGCUCGGCUGUCUGAUCGUGGAAGGCUACGGUCAGACUGAGUGCACUGCGCCGGUGACUUUGACUGUUCAGGGUGACCACGUGCCGGAACACGUCGGACCUCCCGUCGCUUGUUGUAAAGUGAAGCUAGUGGAUGUUCCCGAGAUGGAGUACUACGCGGCCCAGGGACAAGGUGAGGUGUGUGUGCAGGGGGCCAACGUAUUCAAAGGAUACUUCAAGGAGCCCGACAAGACGCGACAGGUCAUCGACCAGGACGGUUGGCACCACACGGGAGAUGUUGGGAAGUGGCUGCCUAAUGGUACGUUAAAAAUUAUCGACAGAAGAAAACACAUUUUCAAGCUGUCACAAGGCGAAUAUAUAGUUCCUGAAAAAAUAGAAAACAUUUAUAUUAGAAGUCAAUACGUUGAACAAGUUUUCGUGCACGGUGAAUCUUUAAAGUCAUGCGUAGUAGCGAUCAUCGUGCCUGACGUCGACGUGGUGAAGUGCUGGGCGCUCGAAAACGGAAUCCAGGGCACGUUCUCGAAGCUCUGCGACGACGAGCGCGUCAAGAAAAUGAUCCUCGACGACAUGCUGCAGUGGGGACGGAACGCGGGGCUCAAAACCUUUGAACAGGUAAAGGAUAUAUAUCUACAUCCCGACCCGUUCUCAGUGCAGAACGGUCUCCUGACUCCAACGAUGAAGGCAAAGCGACCGGAGAUCAGGAACUACUUCAAACCACAAAUCGACGACAUGUACAAUAAACUUGAAUAACAAUAGCUUGUUAUACUUAAUGAUAUUGUUCAUGACAAAAGUAAAGUCCGUGUCGAUUAAAAACUACUUCAUAAUCAUCCGAAGGAUGAUAAACUCGCAUAGUUGUAUGUUACUUAAUGAAAGUAUGUCGUUUAAGUGAUUCUUAA